AUGCAAAGGAACAAAUUAAAACGACAGGAGUCGGUGGAAAACAACAAUGAUAUGCUCGAUGUAAGCCUUUUAUCAGCGAUUCUGUGCCGUUGUAAACAGAAAGUACAUUGUUUAAACUAUUUUAAGUUAAGUCGAGGUCAAAAAGGAGGGGUUCCGGCUUCGAAAAAUCGCGUCAAAUUCAAAAGUUUUGACUUGUAGGAGGUAUAUAAUCUUAUCGAAGGUGAUCUGUAUGCUUGCGAAAUUUUAAGGGAAUCUAAAUUUUCAUGUGCUUGGCAUGCCUGUGCUCAGAUUUUAAUGAACCUUACCACAAAUUUGGCUUAAUUUUCUCGAAGAUAUAAGCGAGGCCCCUACAGUGGGGGGACCUGAUCCAGUGGCAAAAAACGUGCCAUUUUGCAUCCGGGAAGUAUCAGAAAUGUGGCAAAAUGCUUUUCUCUCCAAGUGAAAAACUCUGAUUUCAAAAGCGCGUCCGCCCUUUUUAUGAGGAAAAAGUGGCAAAAUGCCUCCCUCUCCAAGUGAAAAAACUUCGUUUUGAAGGGCGCGUCCUUAUUGUUAGGAAGAUAUUUUGCCACAUUUUUUGAUGCUUCCAGGAUGCAAAAUGGUAAGUUUUUUGCCACUUGAUCAGGCCUUCCACUGUAGCUUGGAAUUUGCAAAAACGGCAAAGAUUUUUCAUAGAAUAAAACCUGGAAGUUCCUUGCGAAAAAUUUACGUGAAACUUUCACACCUGUUCCUGCCAUAAAGGGUAAUGUUCCCACAAAAAAAUUUGCAGGCAAAACUGGAACAACAUAUCCAAAAAGUGUUCCCUUUGACUAGUCUCGGUUUUCCGCACGUCCUCUCUAAAUGUCAUUGAAUGUUUUGACUCCCUGGCAAAGUGCAAGCUCAAAUUGCCAGUAAUUGUUAGGGGGGUUCAGUGCGUCUACAAAUUAGAAAAAAAUUGAAGCAUCGCAUUUUUGGCACAUCUGAACCCUGAGUUUUUUUGAGUGUUGAUUUUUUUGGCGUAAGAUUAGAUCAAAUGUGAACUUUGGUUAAAAACCGAAGUUCAUAUUUCAAAAUCUCCGCGCUCUCUAACUUUCUGAACCCCCACCGGCUAUUGUAAGAAUGGACUCUUCCGGAACGUGAUCUCCGGUUUCGGUCAGCUUCGGCGAAAACUUAUUUAUAUCAGAGUUCAGCGGCUUAAAAGUAGAACCACUCGCAGCUGUUUUUAAUACCCUAACACUAUGUUUUCUAUAGUCCAAACCAUUUUCCCAUAUUCCCAUGUGUUCCAUAAGCAUUCACAACUCUCUUUCAGCUCACUCGUCGCUCCUUCCGCCGUCGUCGAAUGUUGCUGUCCCAGGUCUCGGCACCUGAAGGCUUCCCGCAGGAGACGGUUGUCGCGCCAAUCGCCCUCACCGGCCACGAACUGUUCAGUGUCUCGUACAGCAAUUACACCAAGGUCAGCGGAUGAUAUCACAUGCAGCCGUGUCUAUUUUUAUACUGCUUUGCAUAUUCGUUUUCAGAAAACAAAUCAACCCCCGUCGCCGGCGGUGAACAUUCUCGGAAGGGUGUUCAGUUUCUCCAAUUCGGAUCAAAUGCAUGGGUCGAAGAGUACGGGCAAUAUCGAGCGACGACAGAGCCGGGUCAGCAAAAGUAAGGGGGAUUUGAGACCUUUGGGAGAGUUCGGGAUACCUUUUGAUAUUUUUGCAAGGAAUUCUCUUCGUUCAAAUUUUGAUGAAAAAAGGAGCGAGUUAAGAUGACGAUUUUCUAAUGCUUAUAUACAGGGUGACCCAAAAUAACGGAGACAAAUUUUGGAAGGGCCCACCGCGAAACCCGGGCGUUACAGAAACACAAGCGACAGUGGGUAAUAUUCUAUAAGACUUUCUCUAUAAUCCACGAAAAUUUGGCGGAGUCAUCAUGUCGCAGGAAAAAGUUACAGCUUAACAAAAAUGCCUUGCGCCAUUUUUUGGCCCUCAAUUUUGGUUCCUUUUUGUUGUGUAGAGCAUGGCUGUACUACAGCCGCAGAAAUGGAAAGUUCAUUUGUUUUGCUAGACUACUACGUCUCUAAGCAAGCAGUUAUGUAGGUUUCUGGGCUACAGUUUUUAUUUCUACGGUGGUACCAAUCUCAACAUUGAAGAUCGCCAUUUUUUCCAAAUUUUUUCGAUAAAAAAUUCAGUUUUUUUAGAAUAAAGCUAAAACCGCUAGAACGUAUUCUAUUCAUAAAUACAAUAAUUCUGGAAAAAGCUGUGAUUGCUUGCUGGUUGCAACAGAUUUUCCUUGACAAGUUUCUCGCCCAGAACUACCCCAUGGCACGCGGCUUUGAGAAAGAUGGGUUAUCGAUAACAAAAUGACAAGAUAGAUAAAAACGGCGCGUUCUGCUCUUGUACAAUUAUGAAUACGACUCUUGAGAAACGGCCUAGGGCACUUUCGGUCUUUAUGUGUCACCGGCUCGACUGGUAUUCCGCCUAAGGCAAAAAUAAGGCACAAUCCUAGUGAUUACCAAAUAGCAUUCCGUAGCAGUUACAAAAUGUUUCUCUUUUGGUUCUAUGGUGUUCCUUUAAUCAUGUUGUAGUAACUCAUAUUACAUUUUGCCUUAUCUAACAUUUAAACUCCUUUUUACCGAUACAUUUUCAAAAAAGGCCGAUUUUUGCACUUCAACUCCCUGAAAAUACUCGGCUGUAACUUUUGAACCAUCGAUAGUUGAGCUUAGUACGAUGGCUCGUUUUAAAGGCCAUAUUAUGAUAAUUAAGCACAGCGAAUCUCAAACUAUUCCGAAUUUUCUUUUUUGAGUAAGGCGGCUUUCUUGCAAAAAGACCCCACGGGCAGAAAGGUCCGAGUCAACCGGAUAUAUUGAUGUGGUUCAAGGCACAAGAGCGUCGUACAACAAAACUUCCGGUAUAUAAAACUACACUAACGUGGUACUGUAGUAUAAAUAAGGAAUCACUCAUGAAUCUUCAUAGGCCGCAGAAAAAACGGGAAAUCUUUUGUCUCCGUUAUUUUGGGUCACCCUGUAUACAUAUACGAGAGACGACAGAGCCGGGUCAGCAAAAGUAAGGGGAUUUGAGACUUUUGGGUGAAUUCGGGAUACCUUUUGAUACUUUUGGAAGGAAAAUGCUAAAAUUUUGAUGAAAUUUAGGCGAGAUAAUAAUAAGAUUUUCUAAUGCUUUUAUUGGAUUUUCAGUUUGAGAUUUUUCGAUCGAAAAACAUCUAAAAUUGACUUCGCUUCUACUUUUUGGGGCUUAAAAAUUUAAAUGUUGCAUAAAUGCCAAAAAGUGAAGAAAACUAAAGAAAGAAGAGUCUAAAUGUUAGUCCUAAAAAUAGACAUGUUUUAAUGUUAGCUUGGGUUACGUCUUCUGUGUAUCAACGAGCACAAAGACAAGACUUCACGGAGCCUUUUUAGUCUACCAUUUUAAUUUGUGUUUUGAUACGUACAGCAACUUAUUAUAGACCAGAAGUACUUUUGUAUCCGUUUCAAAACACAUAGAUCGGCUCUUGUUUCCUUCAAUUACUGUUGAAAAAAAAUAAUUUUUUACGAGCUUCUACCUAAAGUAACUUACGAUUACUUAUUUUUACUGUCCUUUUCAGAAAAAAAUCGCCCGCCUCGACCAAAGAUCGCAGACUCAAAUAACAUCGAAGACGUUUUGCCUCCGGAAUCGAAGAACUCAACGGCUUCGCGACCAGUCUUACGGACUCCUUCCAGCCUUACCGUCACGGCGGAGAAUUGCACCACCACGUCGGAGGCCAACCGAUUAAGGGCGUUGCUGACGAUAGACUCGGAAUCGAAAGAGAUUUUGAUUGCCAACAACAACUUGCGCAGACUCUUCAACCUUGAUCGAGAGACGUUGAUCGGUCAACGGUUCACCGAUGUGUUCGCGUUGAGCAAAGGCGCCGAACUGAUGGAUCCGCCAAGGAAAAAUAGCUUCUCUACUGCGCGAAGUGACAGUGUGUUGCCACAAAUGCCGUAUCAAGUGUUCUUUGAGGAGAAUGGGAAUCUGAAGCCGGUCUACGGGAAACCUGUAAGUUGAUUUGGAGAAUUGUAGGAUAUAGAGUCUGUAAUCACAAAUUCUAUCAAAAAAUAUUUAAAAAAUUAUUUCUAAGUCGUUGAGGGUCCAAUUCACAAAAAAAUACGAAAUAGUCGAAGGGCAAAGCUGAUAUUUCUUUGAAAUUUUGAAGACAAGGCUUAUCUAGACUAUAAAUUAAUUUCCAAAAAUUGUAGCUUGUGCUUUGCAAGUUCAACCGAGAUAUUCAGCGGGUUUUACGGGUUACAGGUUCUGGAGAAUGAGUCAAAACGGUUACAGGAAAAAAUUCUGUGGCAUUUCUUCGAAUUUUGUUCAUCAACAAAAAUUUAAGGCUUUAUCAUUUUUUCUAAUAAUCGCGGUCAUUUCUGCAAAGCGCGAAGUCAAAAUCUCAUAAAUAUCUUACAAAAUUUUAAUCUAAGUUUGCCUCUAUUUUUAUCAAAAUUCAGCGUUGUAUAAAGCUUUAGUUUGCAAGUUUUACACUUAAUGUACGAACAGCACAUUGGCUUCCAAAGUUUAAAAUUUCAUGUUUUGUAAGAAUUACAAACAAUCCGGCUAUCUCAAAAAAAUUUCAGAAAUCAGCACGCUUCAUUAAGGAUUUUCCCGCUGUAAACUUGCUUACUUGGUCCCAAAAAGAGUAGAUGCACUGCGUUCGGACUUUUUGUUUUGUUUUCCUUACAUAAGCUUAUGAAAAUGAGUUGUUAGUAUACAACAUGACUGUCCUUUGGUUGGUGCUGAGCUUCUUUCUGCACUUUUUAGUAGGGUCUCCAACUUGGCGCGUUCCCCAAACCACCCAAAUAAAGCACAUCAUCACAACAGUCGUGAUGUUUACUUGCCCUUUUCAGGUUGACAUCUUGGACAGUCAAGGUCAGUUGUCUACUGUGUGCCUCUGGUCUUAUCCCUUGUCAUCGUCCUGUGUACAGGCAAACAAAUCGGUAAGGGCAGAUUUUAGAGCUCUUUUUAGAGCUGUUUUUCCCUAAAAAACUCGUUUUAUUUUGAAAAAUAAAGUGGAAUUGCUCGAGGGUCGAAGUUCAGACAUCUUCCAAUUUUGAAGUGUCUUUUCUAUCUUGGCCAUAAAUUAAUCUCUGAGACUUUGAGACUUCUCUUUUUGCUGAUCAAGCCAAGAUAUUCAAUGAUUUUUGUAGACUAUGGAGUAUAAGGAGAGUCGACAGAGAAAAAAAUUUCGGGCGUUUUUUUUGAAUUUUGAGCAAAAAUCAUCAAUUUUUGGUAGGAAAAAUCAUGGCCUAAAAUUUAUGACAUGUCUUUUCAACAUCAAGCAAUUCAAUUUUGAAAAUUUUUUACAUAGUAAUCUUCAAAAAUACAUUUUUUGUCCCGAGUAAAGUCCUCUUUAGGCCAUCACCCGAUCUCCAUCCUCGUGUUUGCCCAAGAGAAAGAGCUCCGACUAUCAAAAGCCCGGCUCAAGGUACGGUUUGAAUCACUUUUUGUUAUUUAUAUAAGAGACUUUAAUUAGGGGCAACGGCCUCGUGUUCCCUGCAAAUUUCAAAGAUCCAGAUGUGCCGCUUUUCAUUUGGUUUUGCACUCUGGGAAUCAAAAUACAUCGGGGAAAUGAUAUAAUUCACGUUCAGUUUGGUUAGUAUUAUUUUUUCACAGACUUUCUUACGGUAGAAGGGCAGAAAGAAGUUCUCAUGUCAUUGUAACAGAAUUCAAAGAACAUACAGAAUGGGGGCUCGGCGGGAACAGAAUUUAG